ACAAUAGUCUUUGGAGUUAAAGACCUCUACUUGAACUUUUCAACACACUUCUACUUUUCAGUCACCAAUUAUUUGCCAAUAUGCCUGCUAAGCCUAUCCUUCGCCAUCUGGGAAAGAAUGGUCCCUUGGUGCCAGCUCUGGGUCUCGGGCUCAUGGGAGCAUCGUACUCAGUUUAUGGAAAAGAGCUAGACGACAAGGAGCGAUUUAAGCUGCUCGACCGCGCCCUCGAGCUGGGAGAAACCUUUUGGGACACCGCCGACCUCUACGGCGAUGGAGAGGAGCACAUCGGGAAAUGGUUCAAGAGGACUGGCAAGCGAGACCAAAUAUUUAUUGCUUCGAAGUAUGGUAUCAUCAAGGGCAGCAAGACCUUUGAGGCCAAUAGCUCUUAUGAGUAUACUAAGCAGGCCUGUGACAAGAGUCUGAAGGCUUUGGAUGUUGACCAGAUUGAUCUUUACUACAUCCACAGCGUCAACCCUGAGACUCCUAUCGAGGAGACUAUGCUCGCCCUGAAAGAGCUUCAAGCCGAGGGCAAAAUCAAGUACAUCGGCCUCUCCAUGGUCUCCGCCGCAACCCUCCGCCGCGCCGUCAAGAUCGCCCCCGUCGCCGCCGUGCAAACCGAAUACUCCGUCUCCGCACGCGACAUCGAGGGGACCGCAGGCACGGACCUCCUCGCCGCAUGUCGAGAACUCGGCGUCGCCAUCGUAGCCGCGACCCCCCUAGGACGCGGCAUCCUCACCGCCGACUUCAGCAAAAACGACACCGCCUUCGGGGAAGGCGACGCCCGACCACGCGUCAUGCCGCAGUUCCUCGCCGAGAACCGCGAGCGCAACGCCCAGGUCGUCGCGCAGUUCGCCGCCCUCGCGCAGAAGAAGGGGUGUACGGUGUCGCAGCUCGCGCUGGCGUGGCUGCUCAAGCAGGGCGAGGAUGUCUUUCCUAUCCCGGGGACGAAGAGGGUUCGGUAUCUGGAGCAGAAUUGGGACUCGCAGGAUGUGGUGCUGAGCGAUGCCGAGGAGAAGGAGAUUAGGGCGUUUUUUGAUAAUAAUGGGUUUGUGGGUGGUACGCUCCCGGAGGCGUUCAAGUCGCAUAGGUUUAGGGAUACGAAGGAGGAGUCUGGCUGAGCUUGUGGUGUGGUUCGUAGCUAGUUGUGUCUAGAUGGAAUAGUUGCUGUAGUUGGAUGAAUGUUGGGCAAAGGGGGUU